UGUUUACCUAACACUUCGCUUUAAACGAGAGAAUAGAAGCAGUAGUGAAGCACGAGGUCUUCUGAAGCUGUGAACCAAAGGCAGCAGUUUGUAACUGCGUGCCAGGAUUCUCGAUUUGAGCUUUUUCUAAACUGAAACCACAUCAUGAACCAGGAUACAGCAUCGGAGCAGUCAUUCGAUUCGGAGUAUUCCGAGAGACUCUCAGGGUACUCCUCUGUAGCCAGUGGUGACGAAAGUGUCCUUUUGAUCGCGAAGCAUUGUGAACAUGAGAGGCUGGAAUUGCUUGAAGAAGUGUAUCAUCAAGCAAGAGGGGAGGCAGCAGCCUAUUCUUCCUCUACCAUCUUGAAAGAAUUCAAGAGCCCUACUACCGGGAACACGGCGCUACACAUAGCCGCUUUGUAUGGCAAUGAUGAGAUGGCGGAUCUCGCUGUGCAACAAGAGCUUGAUCUAAUAUUCUCCCUCAACGAAAACGAUGACACUCCCCUGCAUGUUGCUGCAAGAGCUGGCCAUUUCUCCACUAUUAAAAGGCUCUUGGAUGCUUAUUGGAUCGGGUCCAACAACAAUGUGGCAAAUCUAUUGGAACUAAUGAAGAUGAAGAACAAGAAAGGGAACAUUAUGUUGCACGAGGCCAUGAUGAGUGGUAGCGGCAGCCAAGGGAGUAUGAUUUUCGAUGUACUUGAAGCAUACACCACUACUGGAGAAGGGGAAUCAAUAUCAUUGUCACAGUCUUGUUAUGAAUUAGCGUUGGAUGAGGUAAACAAGGAACGUAAAUCGGUGUUGUACGUGGCCGUUGAAGCUGGUCUCAUGGAAGCUGUUAACAGAAUCUUGGACAAAUGCCCCGAGAGUGCCACGCCAAAGGGAACAUCACCCCUUCUAGUAGCCAUGCUGAACAAGAAUAAAGAGAUGCUGGAAACCAUAGUGGAAAGGAAGGACGAAUGGAUACAUUUAAGGGAUCCGUAUGGAGCGCUUGCUCUUCAUUUUGCGGCAGAAAUAGGUUACCAUGAAGGUGUCAUUCUUCUAAAUGAGAAAUGCAAGACUUGUAAAAUUGACAGAGACAACAACGGCUACCUGCCACUUCAUCUAGCGGCUCGUCAAGGCCAUGUGCAAGUGGUUAAGGAACUCUUACAACACUGUCCAGAGCUUGACGAGAUGCUUGACAGGGAUCUCAACAAUAUUCUUCACAUUGCAGCUGAAAGUGGAAAGCUUGAUGUGGUGCGAUACAUCCUUCAAACACCACAACUUGAGAAGAUGAUACAUCAGCAGAAUAAGCAUGGAGACACACCUUUGCACGUGGCGACAAGGGAGUCCCGUGCUAGCAUUGUCUAUGCUUUAACAUGGGAUGACAGGGUUAAAAUUAAUGAGCUCAACUCAAGGAAGAAAACACCUCUUGACAUUGCAUUUACAAAGUAUUUCAAUGAGGGACAAAUUCCAUCCCUAAAACAGUCACUUACACGGAUAGCAUUACAAUCUGCUGGUGCAAAAGCACCAUUCUCAGCAUUAGAAUCUGCAGGUGGAAAAGCACGAUUCUCAGCUGAAUCAGUUGGAUCGUAUAGCGUCUCUGAAACAGAGCAAUUCAGAGACAGAGUAGAGUCAUUGAGUGUGAUCUCAACCCUCGUACUAACAGCUUCGGUGGCAGCAUGUUUGGCCGUGCCGGGCGAGGCAGAUGGCACGGCCAAAAACCUGCACAAGGCCAUGUUCCACUUGUUCAUCUUCUCCAUCACAGUGUCUCUCUUUAGCUCCAUCGGUGCCACAAUUAUACUCAUUUGGGGAAGGUUCGGAAUGUUUGAGCUGUUGAAUCUUUCUAUGGAGGUGGCAAUGCCGCUUCUUGGAACCGCUCUCAUAACGCUAUCUCUGGCAUUCAUGGCUGGUAUCUACACAGUUGUAAGCAAACUCACAUGGCUGGCCACAACCUUUGUGAUUGUAACUUCCACUUUCGUGGGCAUUAUUUUUGUCUUGUAUAUCCUCCUGUUUCUUCCUUCAUCAUCUACAUGGAAGAUCUCACGCUACAUUUCCUACUACCCCUUUAUUUUUCUAGCAUCACUAGCUGAGAAGCAACGCGUACCCCGUUUUUUGUCUACCUUAGCUGGCAUGCCAAGACCUCUUAAACCAACCAUCUAUUAGAGAAGUUUUAUAGUAGCAUUAAUUUUGGUAGGUAAAAAUGACAUAAGUUUAACCUACAAAUAAAAUAUUAACACAUAGUAUGAUAAAUUUAUGAUCAAAUAAUUCUAUUUUUUUAUAAUUUUUAUGAUUAUUUAUAUUAAAAUAAUUUUUUAUAAUUAUUUUUAUAAUUAUAAAGAAUGAUUUUAAAAAAAUAACACUAAAUUAAAUUUUU